GGCGGUGACGUCCUUAGCGAGCGGAGGCGGGCGUGUGGGUGGGCCGAGCCGGCGGCCGCCUGCGAUUCGGCGGGCUCAGCCACACCACCGUUCUCCCCCGCUCCGCCCGCCCCUCCGGGCUCGUCUUUUCCGGGCUCGCGCUGGGCCCCGCCUCCGCUGGCUGUCCCGGGCUGCGCGCGCGUCGCUGCGGCUCUCUCUUUUUUUUUUUUUUCCACUGGCCUCCGCGGCUCGCCCCUCCUUGCCAGGCAGCUCCAGAGCUAGCGGGCACGCGAGCUCUUCUCCGGGAGCUUCCUUCCCCGUAAGGCCAGGACCCAGUGGCAGACUCGUGGCGAGCGAGGCAGCAACCUUCGAGUCAGAUCACGGGAGAAACACCUGUUCUUAAAAGUGAAAGAAGAAAUCUGUGUACUUUAUUGUCGGCUUCCAAAGAUUACUAACUUUUAUCUUAUCACUAAAAUUGAAUUACCUUGGCUAUACUGCUACUCUUCCUGCUGCUUCCAUUAUUGCCUUCUCCAGAAACCUAAGGCUUUAAGAAGCCAAAGAAUAUCAGCAAAUAAGCGCCAUUUUAGAAGCCUUUCCACUAUGAAACUUAAGCUAAAUGUGCUUACCAUUAUAUUGCUGCCUGUCCACUUGUUAAUAACAAUAUACAGUGCCCUUAUAUUUAUUCCAUGGUAUUUUCUUACCAAUGCCAAGAAGAAAAACGCUAUGGCAAAGAGAAUAAAAGCUAAGCCCACUUCAGACAAACCCGGAAGUCCAUAUCGCUCUGUCACGCACUUCGACUCACUAGCUGUCAUAGACAUCCCUGGAGCAGAUACUCUGGAUAAAUUAUUUGACCAUGCUGUAGCCAAGUUUGGGAAGAAGGACAGCCUUGGGACCCGGGAGAUCCUGAGUGAAGAAAAUGAAAUGCAGCCAAAUGGAAAGGUUUUUAAGAAGUUAAUUCUCGGGAAUUAUAAAUGGAUAAACUAUCUUGAAGUGAACUGCAGAGUGAAUAACUUUGGAAGUGGCCUCACUGCAUUGGGAUUGAAACCAAAGAACACCAUUGCCAUUUUCUGUGAGACCAGGGCGGAGUGGAUGAUUGCAGCACAGACCUGUUUUAAGUACAACUUUCCGCUUGUGACUUUAUAUGCCACACUUGGCAGAGAAGCUGUAGUUCAUGGAUUGAAUGAAUCUGAGGCUUCCUAUCUGAUUACUAGUGUUGAACUUCUGGAAAGCAAACUGAAGGCGGCAUUAUUAGAUAUCAAUUGUGUUAAACAUAUCAUUUAUGUGGAUAAUAAGACUAUCAAUAGAGCGGAGUACCCUGAGGGACUUGAGAUUCACAGCAUGCAAUCAGUGGAGGAGCUGGGAUCCAAGCCAGAAAACUUGAGUAUUCCUCCAAGUAGACCAACUCCUUCAGACAUGGCCAUUGUCAUGUACACCAGUGGUUCUACUGGCCGCCCCAAGGGAGUGAUGAUGCAUCAUAGCAAUUUGAUUGCUGGAAUGACAGGCCAGUGCGAACGUAUACCUGGACUAGGACCAAAGGACACAUAUAUUGGCUACUUACCUUUGGCUCAUGUGCUGGAACUUACAGCAGAGAUAUCUUGCUUUACCUACGGCUGUAGGAUUGGAUAUUCUUCACCACUUACACUGUCUGACCAGUCCAGCAAAAUCAAGAAGGGAAGCAAGGGUGACUGUACUGUACUGAAACCCACGCUUAUGGCUGCUGUUCCUGAAAUCAUGGAUAGAAUUUACAAGAAUGUUAUGAGCAAGGUUCAAGAGAUGAAUUAUAUUCAGAAAACUCUAUUCAAAAUUGGGUACGAUUACAAAUUAGAGCAAAUCAAGAAAGGAUAUGACGCCCCUCUUUGUAAUCUGAUACUAUUUAAGAAGGUGAAGGCUCUGCUGGGAGGGAAUGUCCGCAUGAUGCUGUCUGGUGGCGCCCCACUGUCUCCUCAGACACACCGAUUCAUGAAUGUCUGCUUCUGCUGCCCCAUUGGUCAGGGCUAUGGGUUGACAGAAUCAUGUGGUGCUGGAACAGUUACUGAAGUUACUGACUACACUACUGGAAGAGUUGGAGCUCCUCUUAUUUGCUGUGAAAUUAAACUGAAAGACUGGCAGGAAGGUGGUUAUACAGUUCAUGAUAAGCCAAACCCCAGAGGUGAAAUCGUGAUUGGUGGCCAGAAUAUCUCCAUGGGAUAUUUUAAAAAUGAAGAGAAAACAGCAGAAGAUUAUUCUGUGGAUGAAAAUGGACAAAGGUGGUUUUGCACUGGGGAUAUUGGAGAAUUCCAUCCUGAUGGAUGCUUACAGAUUAUAGAUCGUAAGAAAGAUCUUGUGAAGUUACAAGCAGGAGAAUAUGUAUCUCUUGGGAAAGUCGAAGCUGCACUGAAGAAUUGUCCACUGAUCGACAACAUCUGUGCUUUUGCCAAAAGUGACCAGUCCUAUGUGAUCAGUUUUGUGGUUCCUAACCAGAAGAAGUUGACUCUUUUGGCACAACAGAAGGGGGUAGAAGGAUCUUGGGUUGAUAUUUGUAAUAAUCCUGCCAUGGAAGCUGAAAUACUGAAAGAAAUUCGAGAAGCUGCAAAUGCCAUGAAAUUGGAGCGAUUUGAAAUUCCAAUCAAGGUUCGAUUAAGCCCAGAGCCAUGGACCCCUGAAACUGGUUUGGUAACAGAUGCCUUCAAGCUGAAAAGGAAGGAAUUGAAGAACCAUUAUCUCAAAGACAUUGAGCGAAUGUAUGGAGGCAAAUAAAAUGCAGCCCUCUUAUUUACACUUGCACAGGAGGUGGCCUGAUGGUUUUUUAGUUCUAGAGUUUAAACCUUUGUUGAUCUUUGUAGAAUGUAAGGUGUAUCUUCUAAAGAUAUGAAACAAAAACAACCCAAAGUGAUUAAAAUAGUUGAGUCUACUUUAAAUUGCAUAGUCCUAGUGAAGCUGAAAUUGAAAAGACAUUUCCCUUUUAGCUUCGUUAUUAAGUUAGAGCAGAAAUUCUGUUUUUAAAAAUUAGCCUUAGAUACACUUGUUUUUAUAAAGAAAAGAUACUCCAUGCUAAAGUAAAUAAAUUGGAUUUGGGAUAGAUGUAGUUGAAGAAAUUUACAGCUUCCAGUGUCUAUGUCUUCCUAGUUCAGAAGUUUCUGUAAUAAUCAUGACAAAAUUAUGUAUUAACACUACUCAAAGCAGAAGUGCCACCAGGCUUUGAAAUCCUCUUCCAAACAUUUAUCUCGAAGGGGGAAAAAAGCAGCAGUAAUAUCUGGAAUCAGUAUCUUAGAAGGUAUUAUUUUAAGAUCAUAAUUGUCAUGUAGGUUAGACAUAGAAUCAUUGUAAUAUUGUGAAUAAUUACAGUGCCUGAAGUUAAGACUAAAACAACACACACAUACCAAAAAAAAAUCUUGUAAUGUAUUUGAAGGAAAGCUGAACUGAUCCUUUGGAUAUCUGAGAACUAAAGUCAGCAACUGUAAUUAUUUAAAUGUCUUAAGAGGAAUGUCCACUUUGUAAAAGUGACCUUUCUGUGUGUGAUCUAUUCAAAGACUGAGACCAAGGGGAACGUGUUAGAAAGUCAAUCAGAAUUCAACAAGAUACAUUGUUUUUCUGUUAGAAAACUGAUGGAAUCCUAAGCACUCAGAAUUAGGAUCCUUGCAUAGCACUGAACCUGGGAAAGAGAUUUAGACUCGGAAUUUAACUUUGAUAACAGGGCUUGGUUUUAAAAUUGUGCUUGUAUUAAAUUACAUUUGUAAUUUAUGGUCUGUUUGCUGUUGCUGAUUGAUUCUUGAUCAGUAAGUACAUUUCAGAGAGCCUUUCAUUUUGCUUUAAUUUCAGCAAAGCGGGUUAUGAUAAAUGACUUCCUCAAAAUCUCGUUCAAACCUACGGGUGAUUAAAUGUCUUGGAUGAGCCUGGGGAAGUUAAAGGGAAGAAAACACUGUUACCACUUUUCCUGUUUUGUGAAGAGUUUAGAAACUGGAAAUGCUAGAUUUGGGAGAAGGGCAGAGUUACUUGAUUAAGGACUGUCUGUGCAGUAACUUGGAGUGUGAGUUUCUUUUUAAAUCUUCAGCUAAAAUCUGGAAUUAUAUAUUCUUGAUAGAUAUUCUCACUUGAACCAUAGUUACUGUAAAAAGCAAAAAUUCUUAAUACUGUUAUUCUUUGCACUUUUUCAUUAUCAUUUUAUACACACCCACACACACAUGUGUGUGUUUGUGUGUAUAUAAUAUAUAUAUGUUGCUUACAUUAUGUUGUACAGACGUGGGCCACCACUACAACAAAAUGAGUUCUUUGUGCUCUAAAAUAUUUAUGAAGAAAUUAUUUAAAUGUUAUGUAUAUGGUGGUAAUAACGGAAAAAAAUCAUCUGGUAUUAUAAGCAACAGCGAAGGUUUUUGUAAAAGUUUCUUUUCAGUGUUCUGCAAAAUAAAAUUUGAGGCAAGUUUUCCCUGAAGUUAUAUGUGAGUAUUCUCAUGCUUCCAUCUUGCCUUUGAAGCGGGAUGAGACAUUAUCAAGUAGACUACUAUUCAGCUUCUACUUCCUCUGAGUGCACUGUUUAUCCUUCAAGGGUGUUUUUUUAUUUUUAAAGGCUUUUCCAGUAUAUGUACCCCAUUUGGAAUGGCGAUUUUAAAACGUGAGUGCAUGCAUACUAUCUUAAGAUUACUUGCACCCCAUCCACUCCCAUCUCCCAAAGCUGGAACACUGCCAACUAGGUCCUUAAGAAUCACGUAAUUAAUACAAGGUUGGGUGCUGCUAAUUCUUCAUGAAAAUCCAAACACGUUAAGGGACCAGGGAGAUGCCACUGCCCCCUGAUUUUUCAUCAGAAAUACACAUGUUUAUGUAAACAGAACUAUUUUCCAUAUUCAUAGUGACUUUUUAAGUAUUUGAGCCUAAAGAUUUUGAUCUCCAUUUUUAUACCUAUUUAAAUUGUUCACAAUUAUUACAUGUCCGCCAUCAAAUAAAGCUGUGCUUCCUGUUGAUUUUAAGUGUGUGCAUUUCUAUGUUGAACACUCAUGAUUUUUUGCUUUAAUUAUAUGAAAGGGUCUUAUUUCCUUGAUAUUUGUACUCUUUUUUAUGUAGAUUGAAGAUAUGAUUGUAUGAUUUUUAAGAAAUGAAAUACAGAUGAAUGAUUCACAGAGUCCAAAGUGAGGGAGAAUCUUGUUUCUUUGUUCAUAGAGACUGACUAGGAAUCUUUGCCUAUAUUUUCUUGAUAGCGUAUGACAAAUGUUUCUACAGCGACAAGCUGAGAACAGGUUAAAGAUCGUGUGGCAUUUGGGAACUGGAGAGAUAAAUUUUAAUUUUGAAUGUAGUUACAAAUUUUAUAUUCAUAUUUGUACUUUCUGUUAAAAAAUGCACGAUUGUAGGAUUGUUCCUUAGAUUUUUGUCUUUACUCUUGAAAAGCUUUGUUCUUAUUUUUAAGUUUGCACUUGAAUCUUAUAAAAUAAAUCCACCCAUGUUAUCAA